CAUGAGUAAGUUCAUACCUACGCAGGUAUGUUCAUACCUCCAUGAGUACAUUCAUACCCAGACAGAUAUGUUCAUACCCACAUGAGUACGUUCAUACCCAGACUGGUAUGUUCAUACCCAGACAGACAUGUUCAUACCCAGACAGAUAUGUUCAUACCCAGACAGAUAUGUUCAUACCUAGACAGAUAUGUUCAUACCCACAUGAGUACGUUCAUACCCAGACAGGUAUGUUCAUACCCACAUGAGUAUGUUCGUACCCACAUGAGUACGUUCAUACCUAUACAGGUAUGUUCAUACCCCCAUGAGUACGUUCAUACCAAGAGAGGUAUGUUCAUACCCCCAUGAGUACGUUCAUACCCAGACAGGUAUGUUCAUACCCACAUGAGUACGUUCAUACCCAGACAGAUAUGUUCAUACCCACAUGAGUACUCGUAAGCGACUUGCUCAGCUACGACUCACCGUGAAGGCAAAAAGAUAAAUGAUGCUUGUUUGACUCGUUUGAACAAUGGACACUCAAAGGACAUCAUGUUUCUCUAAAUCGUACCGGUACCUAAAAAAGCUGACACGCGCCAUCCACGGUUGGACACACUUUAUGCUGUGACCAUGAAGCACAACUUCYUUUUUCUAMCUUCGACAGUGGAUGGAAGUAUUAUCUUUUGUCAUCGUUCUGAUACUAGCACCAUCAAGAUGGAAUCAAUCCAGAGACAUCCCGUCACCACCAGCUCUAUAGUGUGCAGUCGCUUUCUUGAUGAAUUUUCGACGCCAACCACGAAACAAUUUUUCGGAACUACAACGAGCUGACACAAUUCCAAUCACACAGGGUUAGACACAGUGCACGCAAUCCGUGAGAGACCCCUGCUACGUUUCGUUYCCUUUCGUUUCCUUUCCGAUUCGCACCAAAGAACAACAAUGGAGGCGUCCCGCUUUCGGUCCGGUUACCAACGCUUCCUCCGAUUCGUGGUGUCUCUUUCCUUCUUGUGGGGAACCCUCGCCCUGACAUGGUACGCCUCCAAGCUGUACCACGAUCACCACCACCACCACGGCAAUCACCAAGAAGAGCACCAGGAGCGGGAGCAGAACGGCCCUUCCACCAUCUCUUCCAACACCAGCAGCGUUGGCAAUACAACUACCAAUAGCAGCCUUGGAGUUUUUGCAGGUAGUGUGAGCAACAGCAACAGCAACAACAACAGUAGCAACAGUAGCAACAGCAACAUCAACAACAUCGACGACAUCCGUGCGAGCACCAGCAGGGCCCAGCUGCAGACGCCAAGGAGCACGAGCGGCCACAAACAGAAGGGCUCCAACCGCUAUCGUCAUCGCCGAACGGAGGGAAACCGAGGCCGCAGCAAGAGGCACAAGAACGGUUUCCAACGAAGAGAGGAUGGCAACUCGAACAGCACAAGCACAAAAAGCAAUAGCACGGCGGGCGGUGACUCUUCUUCUUGGACAGAUCCAUCGGUGAUUCUCUAUGCGAUGGGGUCCUGGUGGUGGAUUUUUGCUUCCACUCUCGUCUACCUCAGUCCGUUGAUCGUUUGGACCGGAGAACGUGUUUUGGGAUGCCUUGGAUCGAUGUGCGGUGCUCGCUGCCAAAGAACCGGUCGGCCACAAGGACGAGGCGGAAGCCUGGUCGAGAGCGAUGGUGKUGGAGCAGCGGACGAGGAACCUUCCAGUGAAACAACAGCGAUUGAUGAUUCUGUUGCUUCUCCUCCUCCUCCCUCGCGAUUGGCUGCGCUUUGUAGGAGGUGCCGCGUGCCGUUUCCAAACCUACGGAUGGGUUCGGUAGUGCCGUGGAGGAUCGUGUUUUGGRCCCUGGUGUUUCUGCCCUCGGUGGUGGUCUUUUCGUACGGAACCCAUCAAGGGAUGGACCGUGCCCGCCAAAACCUCUCGGAGCGCCUGGGGGACGGCGGCGAGGCGGCCGGCAGCCAGGAAACCGAAAGUUCUCUGCUGGAUUGGAUCGGGGCGCUGGUCCUGGCCUCUGCCAUGCCCGCGGGAACGGCCGGGAUGGUUUCCAUGGGCGUGUACRUCUUUGGAACGGUCGCCAAGCACUCCCCGCUGUGGUCGGCGGAGGUAAUCCUCCCGUACACCACCAACAAAAGAGGCGGCAGCGACGAAAGUAUCGGCACAACACACCACAGCGAUACGGGCCAAAACGAGACCAGCCAAAAGGGCGAUCGCAACCCCAGCCACGGCCACGAGAAUUUGAUGAGAGAUGCCUUGCGCCUGCACCAAUGGGCUGGAUACAUGACUUUUUUCUGGUUCCUGCUGCACUCGGUCUUGUACUGUGUGAUUUAUGGGUACCUCGGAGUAGUCAGUCAUCGGCAAGAGGACAUUGCCGCGCAGGCCGCGAGUGRCAUUGCCGCUGCCGGCAAUGCCACGGACGACGGCGUGGAGGCAUCUGCAACCGCAAUGGGAUCCGCUUCGACGACGCGAAGUCUUGUAGAAAUAUUCUUCGCAUCCGUGUGGAAUGCAAUCUACCCACCACCCGAAUGCCGACCCAUUCUGGGGAGAAAGGAUGGUGCCGGGAGCGAUGGCGAGGAAACCGGGAACCGCCGCCUCGAUAUCGUUCGGCUCCUCGACGAAGACAAACAACAGGAAAGCACCGCUUCUGGACAAAGUUUCCCCUGCUAUGGGUAUUACCGAAACUUCAACGGGGCCAUUGCGAUUCUCGCCUUUUCCGUGCUGGUCGGGACAAGCCUCGAGCUGGUCCGCCGAAAGAACUAUCGGUUCUUUUACGCCUCUCACAUCGUUUGCGCCGUGGUCUUUGUGCUCACCAUGGUGUUCCACAUGAAACGAAUCUCCGUCUACCUGAUGCCGUCGCUGCUGUGUUACUUAUCCACAACGAUUCCCACGGUGAUACAAGCCAUGGUUUCUGCGGUCCGGGAUGGGGGGGUCCGAAUCGAGGACUUUCGAACCCUCGAAAACGAUGGCGGCAGCAGCGACAGCAACAACCUCCAGGGUUGCGCCGAGCUGACGUUUUCCGUGGACGACACGGGUGUGUUUUCCGGGGCAUACGACAGGAAAAAAUGCGGGGCGUGGACCACCUACCGUCCGGUGUCCGUGAAGAUUUGCGUUCCGUCCAUUUCGCUCUUGUGGUACCCUUUCACGGUCAUUGAAACAAACUCUAUCAAAAAUGCACACGUUGGAGACAAAAUCGUCAAUGGCACCGAUCCGAGCGGGGCUGGCGAUAGUGGCAGCGACGUCUCCAAUGGAGAUGGGACUACCAAGGGCGAUGCUGGUGGAUCGAUCCAAUGCACAAUACUUUUUGGGACGGUUGGGUAUUUUACAAAGUCCUUGUGGAAGAGAAUGAGAGAUGCACAAGAGGCCAAAAAUGGUUUUCGUAUCAGUCUCGCCAACGAGAAUGGCGAUGAGUUCAUCGACGAAGAGCCCAUUACAGACCAUCCACUCGAAGCGAUGAAUCAAACACCGAAAGCUUUGCCUCUCAUACUCGUGGAUGGAUUUUAUUCGGGGGCUUCGGAUUGGAUCGAGAGUGCUCUUGGCCACGAUUCGGUAGUGAUUGCCGCGGGUGGCACCGGUGUCACACCGUUUCUGGCCUUUCUACCGAAGUUGAUCCGGGUGCUCACCGAUGAUCUUUCCACGGUGUUGUCCGGAACCGCGGACGAAGAAAGCCCCGAUGGCCGGGAUGCUUUGCGUGAAGGUUCACAGGAGACAGUUGCCUCUCUCAAAACGAUUUCUUUUCUCUGGUGCUGCCGCGACGAAUCUCUGAUCCGACACGUUCUCGCGACCUAUUUGUUGCCGCUUUUCCGUGGUCGAGAGCACGAACUGUGGCAAACCAAAUCGAUGUUGCCCGAGAACGCCAAUGACCCGCCAUUUCGCGAUCUUGCAAUCAACACGAAUGGUGUUCGAUUCCGAUUGAUGAUUUACAAUACCUCGCGAGAUCGCGGCGACAAAAGCCCGUUUGAACUUUCUGCUAGCGAUGAUGGCGUUGGUUCCAUCCGCUGUGGAGAUAGCAGAAACUCGGCAUCGAUCUCUGCGAGAGGUCUUGCGAUGCGACCCUCUAAGUUCCAAUUUUCCCCAUCCUCCUCGCGUUCGGGGGCUACAAUUGGGGUCGUAGGAUUCUUAUCGAUCACCCUUGUUGGAAUGCUUUUGCACCACCGGGCAAGCGAUUACGUCCAAGAGGAAAGGCUCCGGUUUUCGAUCCGGGCCUACGGAAUCUAUGCGGUUGUGGUCUGGACCAUCGCAGCAGGAUUCGCCACCGAAUUUCUGUGGCGCUGCCGGUGCCUGUGCUCUCCCACCGCUUGGCAUCGCAGGAGGGGAUACGCCGUGGCCGAUGGCGAUGGACCCGAUUCCUCGUCAUCCAACCUUUCCGUCGAUCCAAACCACGAAACCGGUGGGGGGGAAGAACUCGCCAUUGCCAAUGAAAACGAGUUUUCCGAAAGAGGGAAAGCCCGAACAUCCUGUGCAGAGGCCCGUUCUUGUAUCGGAACUGCUUCUCUAUUGCCUGGUAGGAUAUAUCACGAGGAGCUGUUGCCCCGUACCGACUCGUUUCUGGAAUUGGGCAUAUCGAACGGCAGGCCGGCCUUUCACGGCGACGACGACGACGGACUGCACGAUCCUUGUUCCAAUGAAUCUUCUCCGUCGUCGCCUGCUGCGUGGGCGGACGAAGUGCGGAGGGAGCUGAUCGAUGCAGACCGACCGGGUGUCUUUUAUUGCGGUCCGGACGGAUUACUGGAAGCGAUCCGGUCGGGGGUUAAAGCCGGCCGAUCGGAACGAAGGCGUCUUUCCGGCGGUCGCGAUGCCAGGAACUUCAACCGGGAUCGCGUUGCCGAGUGCGUGUUCUACGAAGAAUCCUUCCAGAUGUAAUGUUCCAACAUGUAGAACCAAAGAUUGUAACAAUAACUGCUCUAUUUUCAU